AUUUUAUCGAAGAACGUUCAUAUAAAAUUAAAAGAUGAAGCUUCUGUUUCUUAUCGCUACUCUAGUAGCUAUCUUCGUGUACACAUAUGCGCAGAACGAUAGAUUCAACUCAGUGAAUAUAGAAGAGGUCCUAUCAAACAAGAGAUUGCUCUCGGCAUACAUUAAAUGCAUGUUAGACAAAGGUAGAUGUACGCCAGAAGGCAAGGAAUUGAAAUCCCACAUAAGUGACGCAUUACAAAAUGGCUGCGAAAGUUGCACAGAUAUGCAAAAGAACGGCGUUCGCAAAGUCAUCGGCCAUUUGGUGAAAAAAGAAAAAGACUACUGGAACCAACUAGUUGAGAAAUACGAUUCUGAAGGGAUUUAUUCCGAAAAAUACGAGAAUGAAUUAAACUCACUAGAUCGUUAGAGGUAUUAAUUUUCGAUAAUUUCGAAUCACCCGGACGAACGACUUAUCUGCUAUUGCACGG